CUGAAUCCCGCAACUCAGUUCUGUGCGAGUUCUCUGACUGAGGCCGGGGCUUCGGGUAGCUUCCAGCCCGAUCCACUCUUCACGCACGUACCCCGCGUGCCCCGCACCCAGCCAUGUCGUCCUGCAGCCGCGUGGCGCUGGUGACCGGGGCCAACAAGGGCAUCGGCUUCGCCAUCGCACGGGACCUGUGCCGGCAGUUCUCUGGGGACGUGGUGCUCACGGCGCGGGACCCGGAGAGGGGCCGGGCGGCAUUGCAGCAGCUGCAGGCCGAGGGCCUGAGCCCCCGCUUCCACCAGCUGGACAUCGACGACCUGCAGAGCAUCCGCGCCCUGCGCGACUUCCUGCGCAAGGAGUACGGGGGGCUCAACGUGCUGGUCAACAACGCGGGCAUCGCCUUUAAGUUUGAUGAUCCAACGCCCUUUGACAUUCAAGCUGAGAUAACACUGAAGACAAACUUUUUUGCCACGAGAAAUGUCUGCAACGAAUUACUGCCGAUAAUAAAACCUCAUGGCAGAGUUGUGAAUAUCAGUAGUCUCCAGGGUUCCAAAGCUCUUGAAAACUGCAGUGAAAAUCUGCAGGAGAAGUUUCGCUGUGAGACAAUCACAGAGGAGGACCUGGUGGACCUCAUGAAGAAGUUUGUGGAGGAUACAAAAAAUGAAGUGCAUGAGAGGGAAGGCUGGCCCAACUCGGCUUACGGGGUGUCUAAGUUGGGGGUCACGGUCUUAUCAAGAAUCCUGGCCCGGCGUUUGGAUGAGAAGAGGAAAGCUGACAGGAUUCUGCUAAAUGCGUGCUGCCCCGGGUGGGUGAAGACAGACAUGGCUGGGGAUUACGGCUCCAGGACUGUGGAGGAAGGGGCUGAGACCCCCGUCUACUUGGCCCUCCUGCCUCCAGAUGCCACUGAGCCUCAUGGCCAGCUAGUCCGUGACAAAGUGGUCCAAAACUGGUGAAUUCCUUCUUUGGCGCUUAAUGCUUAAUAAAUGUUUGUGGGAUGAAGGAA